AUGACUGAAUACUGGAAUUGGGCUCGAACAUUCCAUUGCCGACCUCGUCUCUAUGCAGAACCGAAAUCAAUUGAUUCUCUUCGAAGUCUCUUGGCUGAGAUCAACCAAACUAAAUCGAAAGUUCGUGUUAUCGGUUGUGCACACUCUCCAUCAUCGCUAGCUAUGUCCAACGAGGUUUUGAUAUCAAUGAAAUACUUCGAUAAUAUUCUUGAAAUCAAUGAAAAAGAUAUGCAAAUUCAUUGUGAAAGUGGAGUACUCAUACGCACAUUGAAUGAAACUCUUCCGCAACAUAAUCUUUGCUUACCGGUUCAAGGUUCUGUGAAUUACUUGACACUAGCCGGUGUUAUUUCGACAGCUACGCAUGGAUCAGGCAUUCAGUAUGGUUCCAUUUCCUCGUAUGUCCGGUCUAUAACUCUAAUGAAAUUAAAUGGAGAUUUACAGGAAUAUCGCUUAGAAGAUGACGAAGACUUAUUUCGUUGUUUGACAUGCGCUUUGGGAACAUUUGGGAUAAUUGUUAGUGUACGUUUACAAGUUUGUCCAUUGUUUUACAUGGAAUUAAAUCAAUAUUCGUUAGGAUUUCAUAGUUUAUUAAACACAUUGCCCAGUCAUUAUUCCUCAUCAGACCAUUUUCGUUAUAUGUGGUAUCCGCAUACCAACUCCGGUGUUGCUUAUCAUUUGACUCGAAUUAAUCCACAACCGAUUUCACACAAGACUUCAAUCUUUUCACGAAUAUUUGCCUGGUUUAGAUAUUCAUUAAUUGGUCACCAUUUUUGCGAAUUCUUAUUCUACCUUUCACUAUACAUGCCAAGUUUAGUUCGACCGAUUAAUACAUUCUACGCCAAACUCGACGGCAAAUCCCAACACAAAAUCGAUCGUUGUGACAAAUUAUUCAAUUUCGAUUGUUUAUUUCGUCAAUAUGCCAGCGAAUGGGCGGUACCCUUAGAUCAAGCCGUUUCCUGUCUAACCGAAUUACAACAAUCCAUGGAAGUUCAUCGAAGUGUUCAUUUUCCAAUUGAAAUACGUUUUAGUAAAGCUGAAGAUUUAUCCUUUUUAUCACCCGCCUAUGGCCGACAAACAUGCUGGAUUAAUACAGUUGCCUAUCGACCGUAUGGAGUCGACCAUUCUCUUCAUCGAGCAUUUUUUCAAGCAUUUGAAAAAAUUUGUCUUAAACACAAUGGCAGACCACAUUGGGCAAAGGAGCAUCCAUUGAAACGAGAAGAUUUCGUUCGCCUCUAUCCCCAUUGGAAUCUGUUUCAAAAGAAACGUCAAGAGUUCGAUCAAAAUAAUCUGCUUAUUAACGACUGUCUUCAGAAUAUAUUUUAG